AGGUAGACGCACGCUACUACAACAGACUGACUAUUCCUUCAGUCUAUGAUAUUUAAGUGAAAUGAUGUUGACAGCAGUCAUUGCCUUAGCCGUCGCUUGGUCUUGUCACUCAUUGGCGGCCCCCCAAUGUCCCCACGGGUGGUUUCUCCACCAGUCGUCAUGUUACGGUUUUGGCAGUGAAAACGUCACGUGGCAAGACGCUCAGGACUUUUGUAUGCUGUUCGGCAGCAAUCUGGCAGAGAUCGAGACCCACGAAGAAAACGAAUUUUUGAAGAAUAUCGCGAGAACUAGAAACUAUGCCUCUAUGUGGGUGGGAGGCACUGACGAGUUCUCAGAAGGUUUUUGGAUCUGGACUAGAAGUCAAGAGCCGAUUGAGUUUUCGGAUUGGCAUGUCGGAGAACCGAGCUUGUCAUUCUAUGGUGAGAACUGUCUGAUGUUAUACCGACCUCUGAACUACCAGUGGAACGACGAGAAGUGCAAUGUUGCAACGAGGUUUGUCUGCGAGAAAAGUGCUGACGAAGAAAUUAUUGGGUGAAGUAACAAGAGAUGUGAAGAGAAGAUGACUUCUUGGAACAGCACGAUUCUCGAUGGUGCUAGUGAUUUCAUCAUCGAAAUGGUCACCAAAAAAGUUCUUUUUCCAAUCACUACUAUGACAAAUAACUGUAUGUACUGUAUUAAAUAAUUUCUUGUAAAGAAGCAAUCAAGUCAGUAAAUUGUUAUCAGCUUCACGUUC